CGUUCGAGACGGCGGGGCGGGCCACGUCAGGCAGGCGGCGCGGGCCUGAGCUGUGGCAGAAGGGAGACUCUGCAUACAUACAUGUCGGAGAAGCAAAAAUGUCAGAUGACAUCAGGAAAAGGUUUGAAUUUCCAAAUUCUCUUAUACAAUCACAGGCUGUGGGUCAUCUUAUUGCUGCAGUUCUAAAGGAAAGUGGUUUUUCAGGAAAGAUCCAUCAAUCCACAAACCAGACUCCUGCCUUGAACUUGCUAUGGGAGAAGUGUUGCAGUGAUAAUGUCGUGGUUCGAACAGCCUGCUGUGAGGGUCUGGUGGCACUCGUGGCUCAGGAUCAUGCAGAGUUCAGCUAUGUUCUCAAUGGGAUACUCAACCUGAUUCCAUCGACCAGGAAUACCCAUGGCUUGAUAAAAGCCAUUAUGAAAUUAUUACAAAUGCAAGCUCUUAAGGAAGGACAAGGUGAGGAAACGAGUAUUCAGGAUAUAUAUACUAUUAGAAAUCAUCCUCACCCUUUGAUCACUGUGCUUGAAUACAGACCUGAUUGCUGGCCAGUACUUUUGCAGCAGCUAACAGUUUUUUUUCAGCAAUGUCCUGAAAGGUCAGAAGUUUCAUGUAUCCAAAUAAUGGCACCAUUUCUAUGGUAUCUAUAUUGUGAACCAUGGCAGUUACAAGAAUAUGCUAAACUUCGACUAGCCCUGCGAAAAGUCUUACUUCAACCCUGGGUUCUUUGUGACAAAGAACAACCAUCAAUAUUGCAACAACAGAUACUUCAACUGUGUUGUGACAUAGUUCCAUGUUUGCAGAUAAAAGAUUUGAUACAGACAACAGAAGUGAUGCUGUUUAUCGAGGACAUAUAUUUAAGCCUUUCACAUCGUCCCGUUUUCUGGAAAGUUCAGCUUACCCAGCUAACUCUUCAGCUGCUGUGUGUCUGUGAAGUCAGCUUAAAGAUAACUGGGGAAUGCUCAUCUUUAAUUCACCUUUUAGAGCACGGUGUUGAACUUCUGAAGGAGGAUUUUCCUGUUGAACUGGUCAUAAUUGGAAUAGCUUUAUUACUUCUACAGACUCCAGCAAGUCAGCAGAAGCCAAUCUUAAAUCUAGCUUUGAAGCUCCUCUCUUUUGCCGAUGGUCAGAAAAUUCCAAAAUCAUCCUCGCUGCUAGUGAUGCCAGUUCUGCAGAUAUUAUCUUCUACUGCUUUGGAAGACUGCAUAUCCCCAGAUGAAGACAGUCCCUCUAGGCAGCAGUUGGCUCUGAAUCUGUUAGAAAUGGUACAGCAGGAGAGCUACAGAGACGACCACCAAAAGCUGCCCUACAAGCUUGUCUUCCCCAUAACCAGCAUGUAUGGGUCAAUAUUUACAGCCUGGAGGAUCCUUGAAGUAAUGAGAGAAGAGUCUUCAGUGAGUGACUGGUUGGCUUCAGUAGAGUCAUUGCUCCCUGUCACUACAGUGAUCCCUGUGCAUGUUUUUCUUCUGCUGGCUCACCUCCUUGUUGAAGAUAAAGGAAGAAAUCUUCGCCAAAUACUGAAGGUCACUACAAAAUUAGCCCAAGCAGAUUCCUCUCAGGUACCAAAUUUAAUUCCAGUUUUGAUGUUCAAAUUAGGAAGACCACUGGAACCUAUAUUAUACAAUGAUAUCUUAUAUACUUUACCUACACUUGGUGUUCACAAGGUGUGCGUUGGACAAAUUCUACGAGUAAUCCAACUUCUUGGAACUACUCCACAACUAAGAGCUGUCACUUUGCGCUUGUUGACAUCUUUGUGGGAAAAGCAGGAUCGCGUCUAUCCUGAACUGCAGCGUUUCAUGGCAAUGUCUGAUGUACCCUCUCUCUCUGCGGGUAAGGAGGUCCAGUGGGAGAAAUUGAUUGCUAAAGCAGCAUCCAUCAGAGACAUAUGUAAGCGAAGGCCAUAUCAGCAUGGUGCAGAUAUGUUGGCAGCUAUUUCCCAGGUGUUGAAUGAAUGCACCAAGCCCGAUCAAGCUAGUCCAGCAGCUUUGGUGUUACAAGGUCUUCAUGCACUCUGCCAAGCUGAGGUUGUUUGUAUUCGCUCCACUUGGAAUGCUCUCUCUCCAAAGCUGAGUUGUGAUACAAGACCUCUCAUUUUGAAGACCCUCAGUGAACUGUUUUCUCUGGUUCCUUCCUUAACAGUCAAUACAGCUGAAUAUGAGAAUUUUAAAGUUCAAGUCCUCAGCUUCCUCUGGACUCAUACUCAAAGCAAGGACCCAGUUAUAGCAAAUGCUGCAUAUAAAUCUCUGGCACACUUUAGUGCCGGAGAGCACACCAUUCUUCAUCUACCUGAGCAGAUAAGACCAGAAAUCCCUGUUCCCGAUGAGCUAGAUGAAGAUGAAGAUGAUGAGGGUGACGAAAAGAAUGUGGAUCUUUCAGUUCCUGGUUCUUGUUAUCUCAAACUGUUGUCACUCACUGCUCCUUUGGUUUUACCAGCUUUGGAGGAAUUUUUUAUAUCACUUGUGAAGCAAGAAAUGGUAAAUAUGCCCCGUGGGGUAUAUCAUUCUGCAUUAAAAGGAGGUACCCGCUCAGACCAAGGAAAGACUGUAGCAGGAAUCCCCAAUUUUAUAUUGAAAAUGUAUGAAACAAACAAGCAACCAGGUUUGAAACCUGGCCUUGCAGGUGGUAUGUUAUUUUGUUACGAUAUUUCAAUGUAUCAGAGUAAAGAUGGCAAACCAUUGAAUCGACUGAUGGCCAGUAGAGGGCGAAGUUUCAAGCAGACCUCCCUUGCUCUGGUGCAUGAGGUUCACAUCCAGCUUUCAGAGUGGCACCGUGCCAUUUUUCUCCCACAGGCGUGGCUGGUAUAUAUGAAUCGAGCUUAUCAUGCCAUUUUACAGGGAAGAAUAGGAGAGCUGGAGUUGCAGUUAAAACAUGGAAAAGAAGGAGCUGAGGAGGUGCAAUACAAAAAAAGCACAGCCUGGCUCUGGGUCCGAGACAUGUUGACUGAUGAGAUCACAAAGGCAGCUGCAAAGGAGAGCCCAGUGGUCAAAGGCAAUGCACUGUUGGCCUUAAGCAGCCUUGCUGUCAUCGUAUCCAAACAUGAAGCCAGCCUCUCCUCAGACGCUGAGGGGGUCCUGGAGGUUCAGCCUAAUUUCCUUUCAAUGAAAGAGUGGGUUUCCAUGGUGUUUGACACUCUCCUGGUCAUUGUGGAUAGCCAUUACCAACCCAGAGGACAGCUUUUCUCCUGGUUUUAUUAUAAAUCCUAUUCUGGUGAAAACACAGCUAGUGCCAUCGCCCGUUCUGCGGCUGCCACGGCUUUGUCUCUCCUUGUGCCAGUUUUCAUUACCUCUUGCAAAGAGAAGGUUGAGGAAAUCCUGAACAUGCUGACUGCCAGGUUACCUGGGAAACCAAGUGCUGAUGAGUCUCAAGCCGUGCAAAUCCACAUGGGCCUUGCUUUGGGGAUGUUUCUCUCUCGCUUGUGUGAGGAGAAACUCAGUGAUAUAUCUGGCCAGCAGAUGAACCUUCUUCUGAUGAAGUCUUUGGAUGCCCUGGAAAAUUGCUGCUUUGACACUAGUCUUGAAUAUAACACGGGCUGUAUAUUGGGAGUUGGACUUGUUCUGUCCCUCAUGAGCCACAGCAGCCAAAUGGAGUCACGAGUUCAUGUGGCAGCAUCACUUCGGAAGCUUUCUACAUACCUCGAUGACAGUGGGAGCCAGAGCAGAACAUUUCAGGAGGUCCUUGCCUAUACCAUUAGCUGUGUGUGCACAUCAGCAUUCAGUGCUGGAAUUAUUGAGGCUGCAGAGGCUGAAGAUAUUAUGAACAAGCUUCGACUGUUGGUAGAGAACAACCAGCAGACCUCAGGUUUUGCCUUGGCCUUAGGGAACAUAGUUCACGGCUUGUCUGUAUGCGGACAUGGGAAAGCUGAAGACUUAGGCAACAAACUGCUCCCUGCCUGGAUCAGAAUUGUUCUAGCAGAGGGCACGCCCACAAUGCUUUGCUUGGCAGCUCUUCAUGGUAUGGUAGCCUUGGUAGGCUCCGAAGGAGAUAUAAUGCAGCUGAAGUCAGAAGCCAUACAGACCUCUCAUUUUCAAGCCAGACUUAAUGAAGUCAUCAGAACCAUAACACAGGUCAUCAGUGUAUCCGGGGUGAUUGGUCUUCAGUCCAAUGCAAUCUGGCUUCUGGGACAUCUUCAUCUAUCUAUUCUGUCCUCCAAUCAAAGUAGAACCUCUGUUCCUACUGACUAUAGCUAUUUGCCUGAAAGCAGUUUUAUCAGAGCAGCCAUUGGCUUCUUCAUUACAGGAGGGAAAAAAGGCCCUGAAUCUGUGCCUCCUUCCCUUCUCAAGGUAGUGAUGAAACCCAUUGCAACUGUUGGCGAAAGCUACCAGUACCCUCCCGUGAACUGGGCUGCGCUCCUCUCUCCACUUAUGAGGCUAAACUUUGGUGAAGAGAUUCAACAACUGUGCCUUGAAAUUAUGGUGACUCAGGCACAGUCAUCCCAGAAUGCAACUGCACUCUUGGGAUUAUGGGUGAUGCCACCACUGAUCCACGGUCUGAGUCUGAAUAUUAAGAAAUACCUCCUGGUAACUGCACCUCUGUGGAUCAAACAUGUCUCUGACGAACAGAUCCUGGGCUUUGUGGAAAACUUAAUGGUAGCAGUUUUUCAAGCAGCUUCCCCACUUUCCAGUCCUGAGUUAUGCCCUAGUGCCUUGCAAGGUCUGAGCCAGGCUAUGAAACUGCCCAGCCCUGCCUACCACCUCUGGAGCCUGCUCUGUGAAGCUACUGGGAAAAUUUUUGACCUCCUGCCAAAUAAGAUUCGGAGAAAUGAUCUAGAGCUGUAUAUCAGUGUAGCACAGUGCCUCUCGGAAAUGACUGAUGAUGAAGCCAAUCGGAUUGCUCAGAUUACUGAGAACAGCAUAGAAAAGGCCACCUUUGUCAGACUGUACUUGGUCUCUCAAGGGCGGUUCCCCUUGGUGGGCUUGACUGAUGUGCUCCGUGUGGCUAUGCAGCACCAAGAAAAAGCCACGCUGGCCUGGAUGAUACUGCACAGCUUAUACCAGGCACGGAUUGUGAGCCAUGCCAACACAGGUGUGUUGAAGAGAAUGGAAUGGCUCUUGGAACUGAUGGGUUAUAUCAGAAAUAUUGCUUACCAGUCAACAUCUGUUCAGAAUGUGGUUCUUGAUGAGGCUUUGGACUUCUUGUUGCUGAUAUUUGCAACAGCAGUGGUUGCAUGGGCAGACCAUGAUGCCCCUCUCCUCCUCGGCCUCAGUGCCAGUUGGUUGCCAUGGCAUCAGGAAAAUGGCCCAGCUGUGCCAGCAUCAAGCUUCCUUGGCAGGAGUCCAAUGCACAGGGUCACUCUACAGGAGACUCUCACUCUCCUUCCCAGUAGCAUGCUUCUCCUGCUGCAGAAAGAGCCAUGGAAGGAACAGGCCCAGAAGUUCAUUGACUGGCUGCUCAACCUCAUGGAAAGUCCUAAAGAAGCCCUCUCCGCAAAAUCCAGGGAUCUUUUAAAAGCCACCCUGCUAUCCUUGAGAGUUCUCCCCGAGUUUAAGAAGAAAGCCAUAUGGACCAGAGCGUAUGGUUGGUGAACAGUUUUGCAGUAGCCAGCCGCAUUCUCAGAUGGAAGAGGAAGGAAAACCAUACAAAUGGAAGACUUUUUCAGAAUCUGUGUCUGGGAUCACUGAGACAUGAUGCAGAAAGUUAAGGGUCAUGAACUGACAUCUUGAACCUUGCAGGCCAAGAGAGGAGGCAUUGCUUUGGUACUCAGGCCAGUGGAAACUGAAAUGAGAACUUGAACUUUCUUAUAUUUGGUUAGAGUUCAAUCUGAAGAUUUUCUUUAUGAAAAUUGACUACAUCAUCUCAUCCUCCCUACAUUCUAGUAAAAUAAUCUCUUGAAUUUUGUGCUUGUGACUUUUAAGGCACAGGGAAGGUUUUGCUACCAAAACCAAACUAUAGUGGUGACAGUGGCAUCAUUUUGAUGAUCUAUUUCCGAUGAAGUUUCUAUAGGAUAUUAUUCAUUGGCUCAAUGAGUUAGAUGAAACACUCUCUUGAAACUACUGUACACAUUUAAAUGGUUUAAUAUGCUUAAUACAGAUUGCUGUAAUCAGAUGAAAGAAAUAACUGUGUCUUGUGUUAACAAGCCUCUGGAAUGGGGAAGUUUAAGGGCUACAGUGUAAGGGAACAGGUCCUUCAUGGGUUGAAGGACUUUAGAUUCCUGGGCCAGUUUGCAAACAUGGAUGGCAGUCAAGGACACUGAAGAGGAAGUGGGCACCGAAGAACCACUCUGCAUUCUUUCCCCUGAACCAGCAGGCAGCUUACUAAUGCUCAAGGAAAGGAUGAAGAAUCAGCCCAAACUUCUAAACCUGGACUGACUUUUUUGAUUUAGCCUAGUCUCUUCCCAUUCAUACUCUGUCCCUUCUCCUCCCCUUAGCAGGAAAGCAGAAUAAUUCAAAAGGGAGGUAAUAAGAUAUACCUUUAUCUUCUCUUCUCCAGGUCCCCCUUUUUGUCUUCAGCAAUCUUGAGCAUAAAAUUUAUAGGAUUUUUCUAUUCAUGGGAGCCUCUAAAGAGUCUAAAAUAUAAGAUUCUAAAUUUGAAAAUCUAAAAGUUCCAAAAUCUCAACAUUCUAAGAUAUAGGUCAUUGGAAUAAUAACACUGUUUUUCUUGGUUACAUGUUAUGACCUCAGGUAAAAAUUAACUUAUUCCCUUAGGAUAUUUCACUUUGUUCUCUAGAAACCAGAAGUCUCUGCUUUUUCAGACCAGAUGUUCUAAAGUAUAUACAAAAGGAAAAGUUUCUUUACAAGUCAUCUUCUGUUUUUGAAAUCGUAAGUUGCCAAGGCAAAGAGUAUGCCGGGAUAUACUAACAAAUUAAUGUCUGGGGUUAAAGCCAUGUUAUGUGUCUCAGAAGUAUCCAAACACUCUGAUUCUUGAUUUGAGAAGCGUACAUUUGGAACGGAUGUUGAGAUCCAUUAAAGUGCCUAAAAUCUUCUUUGUGUUUUAUUUGUAAUGCAGUGGUUCCAUGGUAAUUAAUAGGCUGUAAUAACCUUUUUUUGAAGUUCAUUGCCAGAGCUAACUUCUCCAAAUAAUUUUAACCAAAGAUAUUGAUGAUAUAAUUAUAUAAGGAGUAAGGCUUUGUUAAGGACUCAAAUAGUGUCUUGAAAUAAGUCACUUUGAACAUAGUUUUAGGUUUUUGGUAAACAUUUUAAUAACUUGCUUUUUUAGAAAUCAGAUCAUUUGGUUGAGGAUGAGGCCUUUCUUAAAGCCACAGUUAUAGUUAGGGUCCUGGUUAGUUUCUAUCUCUGACCCCAACUAGCCUAUUCUUAGCUGCAGGAAUUUCAGAUGGAACCAGGGGACAGAAUAUGGCUGGAACAGUUCACAUCCUUCAUCACUCUUGUGGAAAAACACCUCACAGCAUAUCAUCGUUAGGUAUAACUCUGUAUCAUCAUUGCUCUGAUCCUGAAUAAGGUAAUAUGCGUUUAUAUUUUCUGGAAGGAAAUACUUUAUUCUAAUUCUGGAAAUUCUAAAGUCUUUUUUAAAAAAACAUGAUAUAUAUAGUAUUUAUGAAGUAGUGAGUUGCAUGUAAUGUUUAUCUUCAUAAACAGUACAAAAUUUUUUUAAAUUGUAAUUUAGAAAGAUCAAUUCUUAUCAAACAUAGGGAACUUGUGAAAUAAUAUCCAGCUAAAUUAUUGGACAUAAAACUGAAUAAAAAUGACAGUGAUGACUCCCUGA